AAAUUUCUCAAAACCUGCUUAAUUUCAGAAACCAGAUUCCCAUUAAUGCUUAUUUGCCUUCAAAUCACCAGAAAAGUAUCCAACUUAUAAUAACAGAUAUCGCCAAGCUAUUUAGUGACACCAUCACGGAAGUAGUUCAAGAGGAAG